GCUACCAGGUUGGUACUUCUUCCUGCUCAGCCUCUGUUACUGACAUGGGCUGCAUCUCCACCACUGUCCCCAAAGCCAUGGUCAACUUCCUGUGGUACACCAGGGCCAUCUCCUACUCAGGAUGUGCUGCACAGGUC